UGCGACGAAUCACACAGGGUGACCCUGGUAUCCCCGUGCGAUCGGGUAGUGUGUCUUUCUCCGCACGCCAAACUCCACGGGGUACAGAUCAACAGCGGCUCCAGACCAAACGUCAUCGUCGAGAGCAAACUGUGGGGAUGACGCCGGUAGACAGGGCGGUUCGGCGUUAUUGCUGGGAUGGCCGCGUGAGAACGGACUCUACUGUUACAUUGGUGGCAGAGAGUCGCGAUUGCCCUUUCACAAUUCCUUAAGAGGACGUCGCGCCUGCUGUGUCAUACCUCAUCGAUCGCACCUCGCACGAACUGGAAGCGAGCUGGCCUCUGGUAUUGUUGUUCUGUCGCGACGCCUUUUCUAUUUCGUUGUUUGGCACAACAAGCAUUGAUCGUUGGUAUUACUAUACAAGAUGGGCAAGUUUUAUGGCCUCAAGGGCACUAAGCUCAACAUUGCUAUUGCUGUAAUUGCAGGCACGGAUUUCGCGCUCUUCGGCUAUGAUCAAGGUGUAAUGGGCGGUUUGCUCACGCUGGGCUCUUUCAUCAAAUACUUCCCCGAAAUCGACAGCAACAACCCGCCCCCAGGGAGCUCAAAAAGCCAUGCCGCGACUAUCCAAGCCAUCACAGUCGGUGCCUACACACUCGGCUGCUUCUUCGGCGCUGUGGCAACCAUCUGGCUCGGUAACAUGCUCGGACGCAAGAAGACCAUCUUCAUCGGCAGCGCUAUCAUGAUAGUCGGAGCUAUCCUCCAAACAGCAUCGUACGGUCUCGCUCAGCUCAUCGUCGGACGAUGGAUCACCGGUUUCGGCAACGGCAUGAACACAAGUACAGUUCCGACAUGGCAAUCCGAGACGUCGAAACCACAUCGCAGAGGGCAGAUGGUCAUGAUUGAAGGCUCAAUGAUCGUCUUCGGUGUUAUGCUUAGCUACUGGCUCGAUCUCGGAUUCUCUUUCCUCGAACCCAGCAGCAUCGCCUGGCGCUUCCCCAUCGCUUUCCAAAUCAUCCUGGCCCUGUUCAUUCUCGUUAUGAUUCCUGGUCUUCCCGAGAGUCCGCGUUGGUUGGUACUCAAGGGGCGCGAGGAAGAGGCUCUGGAAGUUUUGGCGGCGUUGAGCGACCUUCCCAUGGACGACAAGAAAGUCGAGGCCGAAUUCCAAGCUGUGAAGGAUGUUACUGAGGAGAUGUCGCGUGGUGGCUUCCGAGAUUGCUUCAAGAGGAACAAGAACCGCAACUUCCACCGCACUGUGUUGGCGUAUGUCAACCAGAUGUUCCAACAAAUCUCCGGUAUUAACCUGGUAACCUACUACGCCGCAACCAUUUUCGAAAACUCCAUCGGUCUCUCGCCCUUCCUUAGUCGCCUACUAUCCGCAUGCAACGGCACCGAAUACUGGAUGGCUAGUUGGAUCGCUAUCUUCACAAUCGAGAAGUUCGGACGCCGCUCAUUGAUGAUGUUCGGUGCGGCCGGCAUGUCCAUGUCCAUGGCAGUGCUAGCAGGCGCAACCAGCAACAUUGGCAACACGAGCCUGGGUCUCCUUGCCACCGUCUUCCUCUUCGUAUUCAACUCCUUCUUCGCCAUCGGCUGGCUAGGCAUGACGUGGCUGUAUCCCGCAGAAAUCACACCGCUAUCUAUCCGUGCGCCCGCCAACGCAAUCUCCACCACAGCCAACUGGAUCUUCAACUUCCUCGUCGUAAUGAUCACACCCCCGGCCUUCGCAAACAUCGGCUACCAAACCUACAUCAUCUUCGCCGUUAUCAACGCCGCAAUGGUACCCUCGGUAUAUUUCUUCUUCCCAGAGACUGCAUACCGUUCCCUCGAGGAGAUGGACGAGAUCUUCCACAAGGCAAGCGGUCCGUUUGAUGUUGUUGGCAUUGCUCACAACUUGCCGCAUCGCUAUGGCAAGAAGGGCGAGCUGCUUGUUGACUAUGCGGAUACGGAGCAGGCGCAUGAGGCGGAGAGGAGGCGGAGCUCCGUUGUUGCUACGCAGUCGAAUGGGGGCGUGCUGGCGAAGGAGAACGAGAAGGAGCUUAGGGAGCAUGUUGACAAUGCGGGGAAGUAGAUGGUGGAUGAUGAUGAUUCAAGGUGAUGAAUACACCACAUUCUCUGAAUGUGAUUGUAUUGUCCAAAUGUAUGCCAAUGUGUUGUUCAACGUGACACUCCCACUUAUUAAGUGAACUGUCCUUUC